UUUGACUGAUACGGUUUAUCGCCUACCCAGCUUCCCAGACUUCCAGCUCUUUUCAGUCCAAAUCUGACAACUCAUCAGCAUGGAAUACCUACGCCUCUGUCUGGUUAUUUUGUUAGUCUGUUUAGUCAGUGGCCAUGCAAUUACAGGUGAUAUGCCCACGUUCAACGGCGUGUGCCAGUUGCAAGGCGACUGGUGUUCUACCAACUGCCAGAUAGCCGGAGGACGGGAUGGACUUUGCAACAAGGUGGGCCUCUGCGUCUGCAGACCCUUGUAGUCACCUUCUCCUCGUGACGGUUAGACAAAUCGGAAUAAAAGGCGAACAUAUUUAC